AUGGUUGGCGUGAUGAAGCCUAAAAAUAAACAGCCCGUGUACUUUGGACAUCCUUUUCAAUUUUGGAAGGAACGCCAAAGAGAAGAAAUGAAAGCAAUAGUCAAUGUGGAAGACAUGAAGAAGUUAUCAGACGUCGUGGAAUACGAUCUAGUACAUUUACAAAAAAGGGAGAAACUGAAGAUUCUUCUCGAGCGUGAAGAAGAGGCCUUCAUACAAGAACUGGCGACCAAACAGGAGAUGGAAGAAUGUGGGUACUGCAAAGAGAAGGAGAAGAGAAACAAAGGAUAUUUGGAAGAAAUUGAAAAGGAGAAGAUACGAGAAUGUCAGAAGGCCUUGGAGAGGGAGAAAAUAGCUCGAGGCAUGCGGAGUACGAAAGAAGAUGAAAAACUUCUAAAAGAGGUUCAGAAAAUGCAAAUGGAAGAAAAGCAAGCCAUUGAAAGAUCAGAACAGGACAUUGAAAUGAUGUGGCAUCAGGUUUUAAUGGAUGAUUAUAACAGAAAGGAAUAUCUAGAAAGGUUGGCAGCCCAAAGAAAACAGAAAGAGACAUUGGAAAGACGCAGAUGUUACGACGAACAAAUAGCGAGUGCCAACAAGAAGAGACAGGAGUUAAUACGACAGGAGAGGGAGAAAGAAAAUAGGAAGUUUGAGAAUAUUAAGAAGAAAAUGGAACGAGAUCAUUAUGAAGCUAUCAAAAAGAAGAAAGAACAACAAGAGACGAAUAGAAGGAACUUCAUUGAAGGCCACGAGCAGAAACUGAUGCGAAUAAGAAAUGAAAAGAUGAGAGCGAGGGAGAUAGACAAUGGGACUAUACGAGUGGCGCUAGAAGAAUUACGGAAAGAACGAGAGAGGAAUAGGCAACAAAUGAUAAACCUACAACUUGAGAAGCAAAUCUGCAUAGAUAACUACAACCGUAAGAAAAGAAUGACAUCAGCUCUUGAAGAAGAAUCGGAUAAGGUAGCUGAUGAAUGGCAACAAGAGGCACACAACAAGACAGACGAAUAUUUGCGACAGGUUGAGGAAGAACAACGAUUGUGUAAAGAGAAAGCAGCCCAAGAAUACAAACGGCACAUACAAACCAGAAACCAGGAGUUGCAACUAGCGAAACAAGAGAGGAUCGAGCGUAUGGAACGCGUGAAGAGAGUCGCCCUGACUGAGCUGCAGAGGAAGAUAGACAGUGCUAACGAGGAGUUGAGGAAACAGAUGGAGUAUAGGCACAGUUUGAGCUCGCAGAUACGGGAGAAUGAGAAACAUUUGGAAACCGAGUUAAUUAACAUUGAAAAUAAAGAUAGAACUUACACGAAGAAAGCAGCUAUGUUUAAAGAUGUAAUGGCUGACAGAUAUGCAAGUUCUUCGGCAAGAACCAGCACAAAUCCAGUCCACCCAUUUCGAAGAUUAAUGGAAACACAAGACAAGAAGAAAUCUCUUCAUCUGCCUUCGAUAGGAUAAUAAAUUAUUAGUUUACAUUUCUGUAGU